AUGUUAUUAUGUAUGAAAUCAUCACAAAAUCUAUACUUAUUUCAUCAAUAUAUCUUUUUAUUGUUUUUAUUUGACAGUCAAAACUUGGAAAUCAACGAACUCUAUUUAACUGAAAAAAAGUUUUUUCAUGNAAAUGGCGAUGGAGAAAUAGGUCCAUGUGAAUCAGGAAAUAAUAUAACAAAUCCAACUGGAUGGUUUUCUAAUGGAACAAUAACACAAGUUUAUUACAACAAUACAUUUGCUGAUCAAUAUUUCACAGAUCCAGGACCAAAUGACCGUGGCCAGUGUUAUUUUUAUGGUCAACAACCCUUUUCAACAACUUCUAUGUGGCAGUAUGUGAACAUAACAGAUUCAAUUGAUCCAAGUCUAAUCGAUAAUCAAACAAUUUCAUAUAAUUUUUCCGCCUGGAUUGGUGGUUAUGGAAGUCAAGCUGAUUAUGCCCAAGUUUCACUAACAUUCCUCGAUCAAAAUAAUCAAAAGAUUGGUAGUAUAAUUAUCUUAGGUCCAGUAUCAAAUGUCCAACGAUCAAAUCUCACUUCAUUACUUUAUCGACAAAUCCAUGGAUUAGUUCCAAGCGGUUCUCGUUCUUGUCUUGUUUUAGUGACAAUUACUCGUGUUUAUGGACCAACAGCAGAUGGAGAUAUUGACAAUAUUUCUCUCAACUUUUCUUAA